CUCUCUUCUAGCGGCCCGCCCUCCCUCCUCCCCCUCCCUUCCCUCCCCACCCCCUUCCCCUCCUCUCCCGGCCUGCGCGCGCGCGCGUCUUCCUCCGGCACGCGCCGCCGCUCGCCGAGCACUCUCGCCAGAGCCUUUGGCUCGCGCGUGCCUUUUCCCCUUGGGUUCUGGGGAGAGCGGGAUCCUGCUCCGCCGCAGCAGCAGCGGAAGCCCCGGCAGCCUCGGGCGACAGCGGCGGCGCGCAAGCCCCCAGGCGGACCGUACCACUGCUCGCCAGCACGCAGGGGGAGCCGCCCGCCUCGCCGCGCACGCCUCGCGACCCCGCGGGGCUGAGGCGUCGCCGGGCCCGGCAGCGUGAGCGCAGAGCCGGCCCCGACCCCUAGCUCGGAGCCCCGCGGGCCGCGCCCGCCGCCGGCCCCACCCAUCCGGGUCGAGGAGGCCGAGGCCAUGGCCGAGACGGAGGAGCGGAGCCUGGACAACUUCUUUGCCAAGAGGGACAAGAAGAAGAAGAAGGAGCGGAGCAACCGGGCGGCGAGUGCCGCGGGUGCAGCGGGCAGCGCCGGCGGGAGCAGUGGAGCCGCCGGUGCGGCGGGCGGCGGGGCGGGCACGGGGACCCGGCCGGGCGACGGCGGGACCGCGAGCGCGGGGUCUGCGGGCCCAGGGACCGCCACCAAGGCUGUGACGAAGGACGAAGAUGAAUGGAAAGAAUUAGAGCAAAAAGAGGUUGAUUACAGCGGCCUCAGGGUUCAGGCAAUGCAAAUAAGUGAAAAGGAAGAAGAUGAUAAUGAAAAGAGACAAGAUCCAGGUGAUAACUGGGAAGAAGGUGGAGGUGGUGGUGGAGGUAUGGAAAAAUCUUCAGGUCCCUGGAAUAAAACAGCUCCGGUCCAAGCACCUCCUGCUCCAGUAAUUGUUACAGAAACCCCAGAACCGGCAAUGACUAGUGGUGUGUAUAGGCCUCCUGGGGCCAGGUUAACCACAACAAGAAAAACACCACAAGGACCACCAGAAAUCUACAGCGAUACACAGUUCCCAUCCCUGCAGUCAACUGCCAAGCACGUAGAAAGCCGGAAGUACUUAAAAUGAAUGCUACCUGGAAUUAAAUGACUACCUAUGGCACAUCUACAUCUUACUUAGGGACAUGAAUUUUUUAAAUAAAAUGGGAAGAAAUGUAAAUGACAUCAGAUGGAAAUGUUUUUUGGGGUGGCUUUUAGAAUAAAUCCCAGCCUUUUCGCCACUUUGAGAGCACAGCUGGCUUGAAUUUAAACCUCCACGUGGACUUGCUCCUCUGCUCUGUCUUAAAAAAUGUAUAAGGGACCUUUGGGAGGGCAGUGAUUCACCACACUCAAGUUUCUUUAUCUGAUCUAAUCAGAUCCACUCCCACAAAAUUGAUGUGAGGAGAAAUCAUUGACUAACGAGUAGAAUUUACUUGAAUGAGAAAAUUGUUACCUUUGUGCAUAAAGAGAGAGAUGUAUUAUCUAUUACUUGCUAAAAGUGGAAGUCUUAGGAGGAAUGUCAUCACACAGCUUUUAACAGUUUUCUUCAAGUUUGUCCUGAAAUAGGGUCACAUUUAAUACUAUUCAGUAGAAGAUAGGACCCUAGAGCUUCAGUACAGCGUUCUGUGUUUUCUGUUCCAAUUGAAGCCUUAAAAUGGUUUGAUAAGGAUUUUAUAUACGCCCACUCCUACCCCUCCCCAGGAUUCUUCUAAGGGGUGGCUUUUUUUUUAAAUUCAAGGACGAGUAUUUUCAAAAACCCUAGUGAAGAAAAAAUAUUUACUGAUUACAUUUCUUUUCCCUUAGGGAUAAAGAAAUGGAGAAGAGCUUUGAAGUAGUAAGACACAAAAAUAGAGGUAGGGAUGAGGUUUCAAAAAACCAGGCCCUUAAACUUCAGCUAGACAACCAGUAUGCUGUGCUUGAAAAUCAGAAAAGCAGCCACUCACAAUACAAUUAAGGAAUGGGCUUUGCUAACCCUUCUGAGGUAACUAGACUGCAGCUAACCACCACCAACAGUCAGUCGUCAUCUGAUCUCUGCUGGACCUACAGACACCGAUGCAGACCACUCAAUUUCCUGACCGGCCCUGUUGCACUAUGGAAGUUAAAGUGUCGCGAGUGCUCUAUGCAUAUUGGAUUUAGGGGAAUUUUCAUUGUUAUGUAAAUGUGUGAACUAGUUUCAACAGUGUUCUUUCAUGUUUACUCUGCAAAUACAAAAAACCAAAACCUGCAGCCAGUGGUCAUUUCAAAAUCUUUUUAUGUUCAGAUACUGAGCCUUCAUAAGGGUUGACUACCUCAGAUUUGCUGCACUCAUUGUGGACUUCAUGUGGAUCACGACUUCUGGAUAAGAAGAUUACAACUAUUAAGUGUCGAUGUGAACCUUGCAACCAGCUCCACUGGAUUCUUACCAGAAAUCCUGCAUAAAAAGUCAGCCAUCUGGGUUCUGAUCUGCUGUAAAAGAUGAAGAUUUAAGUGACCUUAAUUAACCUGUCCUGUGCCCUACCCUUAAGGAAUACUCUAUGUAGUAGGCUGUGGCUGUAUUAUACUUCCCGGAACACGCCGCUGAAAAGAACUGAUGUGUUCAGAUCAUCUGUGUAGGGCUGUGAUUUGUAAUUUAAACUUUAAUUGUAUUCUGAGGUAACCACAAAAUAAAUUCAACCAAACUGGGGUCCACCAAGUACGGGAAGGGGUAAGGGAGAGAAUAAUCUUUUUUUUUUUUGGUAAUUUUUUUUUUUUUUAUUUGGAUAGUGCUUUUUUGUUUUGUUUUUGUUCUGCAUUAAGGCCUUUUUUGCUUUGACUUGAAAUAAGUUCUUUGACAGAGCAUAUUGCUUGGUUAAGUAAGUAACCUAAAGUAUGCAUUAGGAUUGUAAAAUGUCUUCGUGAGUAUGCCAAUCCUGAGGGUGGAACCAAAUAGCCUUUGAUGUAAAGGGCAGUGGAUUCUGGAGGCUUUACUUCAGGUGCUGCUAAUGCCUCUUCUAAUCAGGUCUAAAUUGUGUAGUAAACUGCAGUGGGAAGAAAAUGCUUUCUGCUCAGGCUAAGGGGUUCGCUAAUCUGUCCUUACAAAUUCAGAGCAACAUGAGCAAAACCUCAGCUAAAACCCAUUUAAGUGUCAUGGAUUGUGCAUGAUCUUUGAUAAGAAUUCCUCAUGUACUUGUGCCCAGUUUUUCAAGGUAUUGGCUGUUCUAUAGAUGCAGUUAUUGUCCCAGCUAGCUCUGUUUUCAACCUUUUUGUGUGUCUUUAUGUUCAUUUGGAGAGUCAGGGCGAAAGACAGGUGAUGUAGCACUUCUGUUUUUAAUAAUUACAGCUUCAAAUGCCUAUUAAUAGUUUGGGGUCCUUUAGAGGGACUUGAGGAAGCCACCCAGGAUUACGGAAGAGUGUCCACCUAACAAGAUGGUCUGGCAGUUUCCUAGUUUUGUAUCUUUGGUUCAAUAGAAAUAUCUGAAAGUGGUAAUGUGACCACUUGAUGCAGAGUCCGGGUUUCUCUAUAAUAAAUCCCUUUGCCAAAUGCAUGAGUUGCAGACUUGCUAUUGGCAAGAGUGAAGCAAGUGGGUGAGUAAAACUAUUUUGAUGUGGGAGCAUUUUCAGAUAGGAAUUUAGUCUUGAUGAAAGUGUCCGUGCAGGAAUUGGACUCCAAGGAGGGUUAUCGUAUCUCCUGAGGGGACCUGCCACUCACAUCUGGGCAACAAUGUUGACAUUUGAGGUGGCAGGAUGCCUGCCUUCUAAUCUAUUUGGGUGAGUAGUUGAGCCAGCCAAGGGGAGGUUGAAUGAUUAAAACAGAAAUGGGAUUCUUGGUAAACUGAAGACUAUUUGGGAACGAAAUACCUUAAAAAAUAGGCUCUUCAUUGUUGAACUGUGUAUUUUCCCUGCAUUUUUUUUCCCAACAAAAUUUUGUUGGGGGUUAUGUUACUGAAGAAUGAACAGAGAUGAGGAAGUGGAGGUGUUAUGUAAAGGCAUACUGUACUCGAAAUCGGAAGACCUGCAGCAGAUUUAAAUUACAACUCUUGUUAUAACUUUUUAAAAGAUUGUGAAAAUAUCAAAAUGUACAUGAAUCAAGUUUUAAUAUACUGUAUGAUGGGUGGAUGAGGCUGUCCAUUGUACCAUUUGUUUGAAUUCUCAGGCAUGGUUUGGCAGUGCAAGAACUCUGUAACAUUAACAAAUUCAAUAAAAAGUAAAUAUAUGGA